AUGGCCGAUCUUCAAAUCAUUAAUACUCCUAUCACCCCUUCCAAACGCAAUUCUUCCCCAUCAGAAGCCUUCAAAACAAUUUCACCUGAAGAAACUUCCAAGGUAGAUGAAUCCCCAUCAGAUAAAAUAUCUGAACCAAACGACAUGUCAGAGAAAGUGGAUCCAAAUGGAUACGAAUCACCAUCGAGACCUUCUGCUUCACCAGAGUCUAAACUCGCUCGUUCAAAGAUCUCCAAGGAGUAUGAUUCUGAAGAAGAGCCACGACCUGUCACCAACAAGAAAAUCUUGAGGGGGAAACGACUUUUCUUGGCAUUUGUUGGGAUGUUGAUGUCCAUUUUAUUGAUCGCCUUGGAUCAAACUAUCUUGAGUCCCGCCUUGCCUGUCAUCGCCUCUAACUUUAAUUCUCUUGAUCAAAUUGGUUGGAUUGCCAGUGCUUACUUUAUCACUCAAGUCUCAUUCCUUUUACUCUACGCGCAAUUGUUGAUGACCUUCAAUCGUCGUUGGGUCUUCAUCAUGGCUGUUUCAAUAUUUGAAAUCGGCUCUCUGAUAUGUGCUUUGUCACCUAAUGCGAUCUGCUUAAUCAUCGCUCGAGCAGUUGCUGGUGUCGGUGCUGCUGGAAUCUUUGUCUCUUGCUUGAGUAUAAUUGCCGAUAUCACCGAGCUUGAGGACAGGCCAAAAUUGCUCGGGAGCUUCGGUGCAGUCUUUGCUGCUUCCUCUGUCAUCGGACCACUUCUCGGUGGGGCUUUCACGGAUCACUUGAGUUGGAGAUGGUGUUUUUGGAUUAACUUGCCUUGUGGAGCAAUCACGAUUUUAUCAAUAUUUCUUGUCAUACCCGAUUCAACGCCUCCUGAAGUGUCGGAGGAAAUGCAUGGCAUGGUAGACCUCAAAUGGAAUCGCAUUACUUUCGGACGUUGGACUCCAAUGCACGGUUCUUUUCUCCACAAGCUCGGCACUUUGGAUUUCAUCGGAGCUCUCUUGAUGGUAGGAUUAAUCGUCCUCUUGGUUCUCCCUUUGCAAUGGGGAGGAAACCAAUACGCUUGGAGAAGCCCAGUGGUGAUUGGGACGUUCUGCGGUUUCGGCGCCCUGCUCGCUGUCUUCUUACUAUGGGAAUGGAAAGGAGUUGAUGAGAAAAUCGGCAGCAGUCUUUUCCCCUUCCGCUUGUUUGCAAACCGCACUCAAAUUGGCACCUGUUUACAGGCCUUUUUCGUCAUGCUCACCAUGCUCACUGCAGUUUACUUUUUGCCGAUUCACUUUGAAGCGGUCAAAAAUGCGUCAGCUACAAAGUCGGGUAUUGACUUACUUCCUCUCAUGUUGUCAAUUGUUGUAUCGGCUGGCUGUGCUGGUUUCGCCAUCAGUUCUACCGGAUAUUAUUGGCCUGCACUGGUAGUUGGGCCUGUUUUGCUGACAGUCGGAUCAGGACUUCUACACACUCUUGAUGAAUUCUCAAGCAAUGGAAAACUGAUUGGAUUUCAAAUCAUCAUUGGUACCGGGAUUGGUCUGGUUCUUCAAAACGUAAUUGUUGCUAUACAAGCAAAUGUGAGGGAGGAGGAUGUUCCUCAAGCAACCAGUAUGGUCACUUUUGCGCAAUUGAUCGGCGGAGUGAUCGGCAUUGCAGUGGUCCAAACCAUCUUUGGGAAUGCUCUUACCACCAAUCUCAUCAAAUUUGCACCCAACGCACCCUUUGCGCUUGUCCAAUCAUCAGUUGAAAGUAUUGCAACUCUUCCAGAUUCAGUUCGACCUGGAGUGAUUCAUGCUUAUACCAACACAUUACGACAAGUUUACAUUCUUGGGAUCCCAAGUGGGGUUGGAGCUUUUCUAUCAUCCUUUUUAGUCAAGAGUCGUAACAUUAAAGGCAUCAAGAGAGAUCCUAUGAUGCACACUGCUUGA